AUGGCUUUCUCAUCGAUAUGCGUGUCAAUUCUUGUGCUGGGCGGUAAGCUUGUCAUGCUGGUAGCAGCCCAGCAAGAUCAACAAGUUCAGUUCAAUCAAGUCAUUAAUCUUAAUGGCGACAUGCAACUGAACCGCCUCAUCUUCCCCGACAACUCAAAGAUUGAGACCUUUUCUCAAUCGCAAAAACAAAUCAUUGUCAACCAAAACCCAAACCCGCUUUCGGCUAAUCAUGUCGUUGGGUCCUCUGGUCAACCGUUUGUCCAGUUGUCUCAAAACUCCAUGACCAUUCAGACAAAUAAGGCAACCGACUUGGUUGGUGGUCAGGUUGAGAUGUCGAUUGACCCCAACAUCCUCCAACAAGCUGGUGUCAGCCCCGACAAUACUUUUGUUGCUCAACUUUCACCUGACCGGCAAGCUUGGAUCAUCAUGGAAGGCGUCAAGAGUGUCAACACCACGGACAAUACAGUGCGAAUGAUCAAGAUGACGAGUCUCGAUGGAGAAUACAUGGCCGUCGGACGGCAGACCAUCGAGACCAGCAAUGUCUUGACUACAUUCAACCAGAACCAACAGGUCCAGAUCUCUGGUUCUGGCAUUCAAGAGGUUGAGUUCACCGACGGUUUCCGCAUGUCUGUCAGAGCUAGCCAGCCAAUGACACUCAAGACCGACGUCGUCAACGGUGUCAGUUCGAGUAUGACCACCGGCGGUAUCAUGCCUGUCAACAACUUCCGUUACAAGGUUACUUCGAAUCUCGCUGGAGUUGCAACCGAUCUUAAUUCCAUGGUUGCGGUUGUCCAGCUGCCUCUCAAUGCUCAACGAAUCAUGACAAUGGCCCAACAGAUGGGAGCACAAGCCAACACUCCGAUUUCUUUGGGUGUUGCGCAACGUGUAGUGCUCCAGAACCCAGGAGGGUCUUCCGUUCAGAAUCUGGCACGCCGGCAGAGGUCCGCUUCGUCUGCCGCUACCUUUUCCAACACAACCAGCAGGGCCGUCGAAGCCGCCGACGCCACAUCGGCCGAUGCUACUUCGACAUCCUCGGACGCUACUGCGACAGCCGGGUCGACAACGGCCGCCGAUGGAUCAUCUUCGACUUCGACCGCGGCUGACAGCGCGACCUCGAGCUCAACUUCAGCCGCCACCUCUUCCACAACCGCCCAGGAUGCUGCCGCAACCCAACAAGGGCAACAAGCGGCAACGUCUCCCACUCAGACCCAGGCACAGCUCCCAGCAGCCACACAGCUUCUCCUAUCCCCUACCUUUUCCCCCAUUUCUGCCCAGGCGCUCCUCGACAAGCAAAACAGCCGCAUCGCCGUACCCGUGAGCCAGAUUGACGGCGAGUUUAUUGUGACAAUGGGCAUGUCCGGAGCCGGCACCGUCCAGGUCGCCGCCCCCGCCGGCAGCACACCCAGCGGAGCACCACAGGCGGGUCAAGCAGCAGCCGGCGGCGGCGAGGGUGCUGCGCAACAGCAGCAACCCGGCCAGACGACUGCUACUACUCCCCCACAGGAACCUGCCGCUGCCGCCGCUAACCCCGGCACUUCUGGAGCGGUUCUCGCUAGACAAGCAGCGGCGGCAGCCGUACCCCUGGGCACCAUCACCAUGACCAUGGCAGAGAUUGAAGAAAUGGCCAAACUCCAAGCCACGGGCGGCGUUGUGCCCGUCUGGAGCAUGAUGAGCGACUUCGUAUCGCAGCAGGCGGCAGUGCAAGCCGCUCAAAAGAAGCGUGAAACCGAAGGGCCGAGGAGAUUUGUAGCUGUCCCCUUUAAGGUUUAG